ACUUCCGAACCUGGCGAGGAGUUGGGGUUGUGGGCUUCACGCCCACUCCAUGUGCGCGGGGGCUGGUUCCAGCCCCCGUGAGACUGAGGGAAUCCUGGCCGCGUCGUCAACCCAGCCAGCCAGUUGGGUGGCUGGGGGGCAUAGCCUGCCCUAUUUAGGGCCGGCGCGGCCGGGGCUCGCCCUCUUUUCACCUCGCCAGCCAUCCCGCUUUGGUUUGUAUUAAGGUUGUUUUGUCUCUUGCUUACCUUUUCUUUAGGCUGUGUAUCUCAAUUCCUUCGGUGAUCGAUUUUCACUUGGAUUUACCCGCGCAUCGGUGUUGUGCCUCCCAUCGGAUUGCCUGCUUCAAGCCCACCCGUGUUCCAGGCAGCGGCUUCGGCAGCCAGAGCCAUUUAGCUCCGGAACAGCAGGGCUGAAACCGCGCUGGAAAACCCCAUCGACCGGGUGUUCCCUUCUCUCUGGGUGGCUUCUCUGCAGCGGAGCUUUGCGGAACGCGGUUUGCACGUUCAGCGCCAGCCCAUCGCCGUUUAGUCCUUUUACUUGGAAGCGCACAGCUCGCCCGACGGAUCAGGAUGGCUUUUUUUCUAAAAGGAAAAAAGAAAAACAAGAUCUACCCCUCAUAUGAGGAUGAGGCCCCUGCCCUACUGCCGGCAUUGGCGAAGCCUUCAACAUCAGCCACAGAGGGCAGGAGGAAAGAUCAAGUUGCACGCAAAAACAAGAUCUACCCCUCAUAUGAGGACGAGGCCCCUGCCCUACUGCCGGCAUUGGCAAAGCCUUCAACAUCAGCGGCAGAGGCCAGACCGGCAGAGGCCAGACCCCUAGUCUUGCCAGGGCUGGUGAAGCCCCAGACCAGCAAGCAAGACCCAAGCCAGCAGCGGCCCUCAAAAAAGAAGAGCCUCGAGGACUCUGGGCCAGCGCUCCCAGAACUCUCUGAUGAAAACUUUGAGUACUUGUGGAUGGGUAAGAAGAUCCUGGGAGGAAGAACCAUCAGAGAAGCCUUGGAGAUGAUGGAUGAAAGGGAGAUUUUGGACACCAUCCUCCAACACCUCCAGCCACCUCCCCAGAACGCCCUCUAUAGAUACUAUGGACUCAAGCUGCGGGAUUCCAGGAGCGCAGAGACAGUCCACCAGUACCUGCACUUACUCCUGACGUUGCCUCUCGAAGAGGAAGCAGACAGAGAGGAGGUUAUCAAAGAGGAGCCGAUGGCAUCGCUCACCAUAUUACACCAAGCGAUGGAAACUAUCAUUCGCAUGACUGCCUUGAGACCACGCAUGGACCCCCUGCUCCGGUCUCAGCUGCUACAAAAAACCAUCAGGAAGGUCUUCCAAUUGCCAUCAUUGCAGGUUACGAAGGUCAAAGCCGGGAGCUCUGUGCCAGCAACACAGAGCCAGGACUGCUUUCAAGAGACCAUCUACAUCUGGCUCAACAUGCUCACCAGCUUGCUGUCGGAGGCCCCCUCUCUGGAGACGCUGCAGGAGAUAUUAGUGCACACAAAUGGCUGGAUUGACUCCACAAAAAUCAGUGAGAGGCAAAGAGCAGUCAAGACCACCAACGUACUCAUGAAAUAUGUCUCCGAGCAUUUGGACUUUGAUGUGAGUGACCAAGGCUUAACGCUGCAAUUUCAAAUCGUAUUGCGUUGGAAAGUUCAGGUGUGAACUAGAUGAAAGCUGUAUGGCAUGGCCAUCCCAGGGGAAGGUGCCAGCCAGUGCUAUUUUUCUAGAAAAAGAGGUGCCAGGACUCACCAUGAACUCACCUCCCUCAUUCUCUUAUAAUGGCAAUAGCGCCCACCUGAGAGGUGCCAGUGUUAGCUAUUUGCAGUAUAGUAG